AUGGCCUCAACAUCUGGAUUUGGAGUCAGAAAGGAUAUGAACUUCAAGGAUGUGGUCAUUGCCUUCUCUCAGGAGGAAUGGGAUCUUCUUGAUGAGGCUCAGAGACUUCAGUACUGGGAUGUGAUGCUGGAAGUGUUUACACUUGUAGCAUCUAUAGGUAAGAACUUCACAUCUCUCCAAGUUGUUGGCAUGAAAAGGAUGAUGAUCCUAGUGUUUAUGUACAAGGAGAACCACAUGUCGGGGCUUCUCAGACAGCUCCAGCAACCCAGAAGUCACAUCCCUGUAAGUGGUGUUUCAGUGUUAAAAUAUAUUUUGCACCUGACGAAGUCACAAGCAGAAUACUUGGAGCACAAUCGUUUCUUUAGGGCCGCAUGUGUGAAAGACUUCUGUUUCAGUGCAAACCCUCACCAGCAACAGAAAGAUGUCACUGGAGAGGCAUACAGGAAAGAUGCUAUGGACAAUCCCUCAUUUGUGACCAGAUGCAGCUUCUACUUAUCAGUGGUGCCUUCAAAAAGCAGGGAGGUUGGAAAAGAUGUCCAUGCUACCUCAGAUAAGGUUCUACAGCCCCAGGCCUCUCAGAAUACAGAAGAGCAACACAGUGGCAGUGAUAUCUCCCAAGAAUAUCUUAGUGGAAAAAGUCACCACCAGUGGACUGAAUGUGAAAUAGCUGCCAGCCAGACACAGAAAGUUGUUGAAUGUCAGGGUGUCUAUUCUGGAGAACUGAUUUAUGAGUGUGACACAUGUAAGAAAGGUUUCAAAUGAAUCUUUAACCUCAUUCAACAUAAAAGAGUUCACACUGGAGAAAAGCCAUAUGAGUGUACAGAUUGCAGGAAGUCCUUUAGUCAGAGUUCCUCCCUUACUCGACAUCAGAGAAUUCACUCUCAAGAAAAGCCUUAUAAGUGUAGUGUAUGUGGGAAGUCCUUUAGAUGUAAAUAUUAUGUCAAUAAACAACAGCAAAUUCACACUGGAGAAAAGCCAUAUGAGUGUACGGAUUGUAGGAAGUCCUUUAGUCAGAGUUCCACCCUUAUUCAACAUCAGAGAAUUCACACUGGAGAAAAGCCUUAUAAGUGUAGUGAAUGUGGGAAGUCCUUCAGUUUUAAGUCUAAUGUCAAUAAGCACCAGCGAGUGCACACUAGAGAAAAGACAUAUGAAUGUACAUAUUGUGGGAAAUCAUUUACCCAAAAAUAUAACCUUAUAAGACACCUGAGAAUUCACAGUGGAUAAAAGCCUUGAAUGUUUAGGGAAUGUGUCCUUUUCUUUACCCACCAUAACAACACUGAAGGAGACUCUAAUACACAUUUGCAUAAAUAUGAUCCCAUUUAUUAGGACACGCACACUGUUAGAUUCCUCAUAAGUUUCAGGUACAAGUGAGGCUUUCAGGAACCGCUACAAUGGCUAUCUUGCCCAAGUGUACUACGUGCUUGAUGUCACUGUGAAGGUUUAUGGCUGAAGUGAUUUCUCCUCUACCAUCUGGCUCACUUGAACAGUGUGAAUCAG